AUAACACCACUCGUAUGUACAAACCCUGGGAGACUGCACUCCUCUCCUCUCUCUCUCCUCUCUGCCACCGCUCUCGUGCUCUCAUGUUCUUCCCUUCACCCCCAAUUUUGUCUCUUUCUCCUUUUUUCGUCCCUCUCUCUCAUGCUGUUCUCCAUUUCUUGAUUCUUUUCAUCACUUUCUUAUCGACACCUCUAUCUCUGUGUUCUUCAGUGUUUUGACUGUGCUGUUAAUUCCUGCUUAUUAAUUUCAACAUUUAUAAUCAAUUGAUUCUCCUUAAAACCCUACCCAGAAGAGAAAACAAACUCAUUUCCUCUCGAACCCAGAAAGUAUUUACAUUGAUGACGCAAGAGGAAAACUCCUGUUGAUUUAAUCGAAACCCUAGAGAAGAUAUUAGUAAAAUCGAAAUGGGUUGUGCUCAAUCUAAGAUUGAGAAUGAGGAAGCUGUUUCUAGAUGCAAGGAUCGCCGGAAUUUCAUGAAGGAAGCCGUGACGGCGAGAAAUGCUUUCGCUUCCGGCCAUUCUGGUUACGCUAUGGCUCUAAAGAACACCGGAGCUGCCCUUAGUGAUUAUGCACAAGGCGAAGCUGAUGAAGUCUACCAUCCUCAUUUGGGUGGUGGUGGUGGCGGUGGUGAGUCAUCGGAACCACCACCUCCUCCACCGCCAAUGGAGCAUCAUUUCCCGCCACCUCCCCCGCCACCUACAUCUACCUUUACGCCACCUACUUCUACAUAUACCCCUGCUCCACCACCAUUGCCUAGCUUCUCCCCUAUCUCAACACCGCCACUACAGAGAUCAGUUACAAUGCCGGCAAUCUCUGUGGCCAAAAAGGGUGGCCGGAAGAUAAAUAACGGAGCUAUACUUGAGGAAGACGAAGAGGAGGAGGAAGAAGAUCAUGAUACGGAUUUGAGAGUGAGAAAAGGGCGGAAGAGCAGCGGCAGGAUGGCGGCAGUUGACGAGACUCCAUCACCUCUGCCUCAAACUCCGGUGGCUCCUCCUCCUCCACCACCGGAUGGUGAAAAGAUGCCAUGGGAUUACUUUGAUAUGGGUGGUAUGCAGUGGUCACAUUUGAAUGAAGAAUAUGACGAUGUUAUUGAUGAAAAGGAUGAGGAAGAGGAGGAGGAGGAAGAGCAAAUUAACGGUGCACACCACCACCAGCACCACCACCUCCACCGGAGCGACCACCUCCACCAUCAUCAGGUUGAGCCAAAAACACCAGAGAAAGUGGUGAUGGAGGGGUUUACAACAGAGGAAGAGGAGACACCAGUGAUGGCAAAACAGUUCACACAUUCUAACACAGCACCACCGGAUCUCAACCGGAGAGGAGGAGGAGGGGCGGUGAACGGUGGCAGCGGUAUGGUUGUUGGGUCAAGUAGUGUGAAUUUGUUGAAAAUUCUGGCAAAAAUUGAUGAUGAGUUCUUGAAAGCUUCUGAGAGUGCACAAGAGGUUUCCAGAAUGCUCGAGACCACACGGUUGCAUUAUCACUCCAACUUUGCUGAUAAUCGAGGUCACAUUGAUCAUGCUGCAAGAGUGAUGCGAGUGAUCACAUGGAAUAGAUCAUUCAAAGGUGCACCUAAUGGUGAUAAUGGUAACGAUGAGUAUGAUGAGGAUAAAUACGAGACACAUGCCACCGUGCUUGAUAAGCUCCUUGCAUGGGAGAAAAAGCUCUACGAAGAAGUAAAGGCCGGGGAGCUUAUGAAGCUUGAGUAUCAAAGGAAGGUUUCGUUACUUAACAAAUUGAAAAAACGUGGUGCGAGUACGGAAUCUUUGGAAAAAACAAAAGCGGCUGUGAGUCAUUUGCAUACGCGAUACAUCGUUGACAUGCAAUCUUUGGAUUCGACUGUUUCUGAAGUUAAUGAUAUCCGUGAUAAGCAGUUAUAUCCCAAACUUGUGGCUCUUCUUGACGGGAUGUCAAAGAUGUGGGAUUCAAUGUGCGAACAUCACGACAACCAAUUAACAAUCGUCACGGAUCUCAAAUCUCUUGAUGUCUCCGGUGAACCCAAAGAAACCACCAAACACCACUACGAAAGAACAGUUCAACUCUAUCAUGUCGUUCAAGGGUGGCACUCACACUUUGAAACCCUAGUAACCCAUCAAAAACAUUAUGUUCAAGCCCUCAACAAUUGGCUCAAACUAAACCUAGUACCAAUAGAAAGCUCCUUAAAAGAAAAAAUCUCAUCGCCACCAAGAAUCCAGCACCCACCGAUCCAAACCCUCCUCCAUUCAUGGCACGACCACCUCCAGAAGCUUCCGGAUGAACUCGCAAAAAGUGCAAUUUCGUCUUUUGCUGCUGUGAUUGAAACGAUAAUGAAUCAUCAAGAAGAGGAAAUGAAGCUUAAGGAGAAAUGGGAGGAAACGAGGAAGGAGUUCUUGAGGAAGAGUCAGGCUUUUGAAGAUUGGUAUCAGAAGUAUAUUAUGAGGCGGGGCCCACAAGAUGAAACGAAUCCGGGUACGGAUCCUAAAGAUCCGAUUGCUGAAAGGCAGUUUGUGGUGGAGACGUUGAAGAAGAGACUUGAAGAUGAAAUGGAAGCUCAUCAGAAGGUUUGUGCUCAAGUGAGGGAUAAAUCUUUAGGGAGUUUAAAGAUUCGAUUGCCUGAGCUUUUUAGAGCCAUGUCGGAUUAUGCUCAUGUUUGUAGGGAUUCGUAUCAACGAUUGAGAUCGAUCGUGCAUUCACAAAAUCGACAGAAUGGAAAUUAAGUUCGAUUCUUGCCAGAUUUCUUAUCGGUUUUUUGAUCUUGUUGUAUGCUGAAAACUCGCCAAAUUUGUUGUGUUUUUUAUAACCAAUUGCAAGUAUGCAAUUUCGUAUUUUACACGGGUAC